AUGUUUGAAGUUGACAUAAUAUGCCCAUUGAUAUCAUUUUUUCUGUCGACAUUUGUUAUAUGGGUCUAUCUUCAUCAGCUUGCUUUCUUUUUCCUGUCAAUUUUCUUUGUAAGACGUUCCAUGUAUCGACACGUUGAACCGCCGCCCGUCUGUCCUGGAGUAUCUAUCGUAAAACCACUUAUGGGGUUAGAUGCUCGCCUUCGAGAAAACCUUGUCAGUCACUUUACGAUCGACUAUCCAAAGUUCGAAAUUUUGUUUUGCGUGAAGGAUGAGAAUGAUCCAGUAAUCGAUUUGGUCAAUUCCUUACGCGGAGAGUACCCGCUGGUUGACUCGCGAUUGAUCAUUGGCAAGUAUCUUUAUUAA